AUGCGCGUCACCCUCAAGCAGUGGAGCGCCGUCGCCGCCUGGCGCUGGGACAUGCCCGCCGACGACAUGUGCGGCAUCUGCCGCAACCCCUACGACAGCACCUGCUCGGCCUGCAAGUUUCCCGGUGAUGCUUGUCCGCUGCUCAUGGGCCAAUGCAACCACUCCUUCCACAUGCACUGCAUAGAAGACUGGCUGCGGCAAGACGCCUCGCAGGAAAAAUGCCCCAUGUGUCGACAGCCAUUCACGGUCAAAGGCGCCGCCGGCACCGGCAACGGUAACGGCAGCGCCAACGGCAACGGCAACGCCGCUCCCGCCGCGCAAGCGGCAUGA